AUGCCUUUCCUUUUUUCGCUUCCCUCCAACGGUCUUCGCGCUUCUCUCAAACCUCGAUUGGUCUGGACGCAAAAGCUAGAACGACGGGCAUUGGCUCGACUGCCCAAUUUCGAGUCACCGCUCUCCAAGGGACCGGCUGCUUUUGAGACAUUGUUACCGCCUCGACUGGACUGGGAUUGGGACUGUCCUGCCCGCACCGCACGUCCCGUAGACCGGGGGAACGCAGAGAAAGGGAAGAGAGAAGGAAGAAAACAACCCACGGACUUCCAACCCAGCCAGCCUCCAUCCGUCCACGAGAAGAGCGAGAAAGACGAAGAGAGAGACAGAGACAGAGACGACGACGAGCACUGUGCAACAGGCAAAAACCAAGAGACCACUCGCGUUCUGCGGCGCUACGCUACAGUACCAUGUAUUCGUACCCUUAGGUCACCAUAUCUGUUACGCACCAGCUCCGCACCGUACCUACAGACGGAGAAAGAUUUGCAGGGCCCUGCUGCUACUGCGACCGACGCCGCUCAACCUCCGGCCACCUUUCUCACUGCCCAAUUGCCCCGACGGCCUCUGGUCAGCAAUCCCAGUUACACCGUGUAUCCGCCGCCCGCCCACCCAGGCCCGGCCCAGCCCAGUGCGACACUCGACCACCACCACGUCGGUCACUUGAACCCUCCUAACCGCAACUCGCGUAAACCGGGUCGGACUCGCAUUAGAGGGAGACUUGACAGUGGGCCCCCACUCCACCGCCUGGGCUACACCACUUUACCACGAGACGCCCUUUUCCCCACAACAUCCCCAGACCGAGCUUUCACCUCCUCCCUUUUCGUCGCCAUCUCCGUCCUCCGUCGCCGUAUGACGACUGCUGGUGCCGCGAUCGGUGCCAGCCCUAUGCCACCCGUUCCGGGAAUGUCCCCCGCCGGCGAGUUCAACGAGUUCUUGGAAUACGAAGACCACCAAUUUGGUGACUCGAGUCCUUUGCCAACAAAUUUCGAUCUUUCCGCCCACGAUACCCUCACCCUAUCCGAUUUCCCCCAGUCUCUUCACGAAGUGAAAUCGCUCGAGCCCCAGGCCACCCUGCUGGCCACCGGCACCGUCGCCGCCGGCUCACCCGACUCCCUCAUCGACUCGUUCCGCGAUUCGUCCUCCGACUCUGCCUCCUCGAAAAGGACCGGCAGCUCCGCCUCUGGAAAGACGGCCUUGACCGCCGGCGACGUAAUGAUGACGGAUGGGGCUAACAUCAAGUCCGACUGGAACCCCACGCUCUUCGGCGGUCGUCCGGAAGACAACGCCUUCAUUUUCAGCGGAAAUGGCGACGCGACGUUGCCCGACGGCCUCGACUUCAACGAUGACAAGUUCAUGGAAGAGUCCUUCGACUUCGAGAGUGCGUCGAGCAGUCCUAACGCCGCCGGUGCCAUGAGUAUGGAAUCGCCAGAAAUGCCCACCAUUCACGCAAACGCACCGCAAAAAAGCAUUCCCCCGACCAACCCUAGGUCCGGAAGCCAUGGCAAGCGGAACUCACAGUACUCUAUAUCACAACCCAUGAAUGGCCUCAAGAUGACCAAUUCGAGAGAGUGCUCCCCAAUGUCCCAGAACAUGAUAACCAGUCACGAGGCGUCGCCGUCAGCCUUCUUCAACAGUUCACCCUCACCUGGCGCGCCCGACUUCUCCAACGCCGCCGCAAUGGGUGCCAUGAACCCGAAUGGCUUCUGGCCCGGCAAGCUGGAUCCUGCCGCGCAUCAGAUGGUCGCCAACAUGCCUAUGCAGCCGCAAUACCACACACACGACGGUCUUCCGGUCUCGAUGCCCCAGCAGAUGCCCAUGUUCACCCAGCCGAAUUUCGAUUUCCUCACUCGCGGCUGUCGGUUGACGAUCCACCCUACACCUUCCAAAUCACGAGUCGAAACGCAGAUUCCCAUCAAAAUGACUCUAUUCCCGCUGCCUCCCGGUAUCAAGCGCUUGCACCUCCCAGUACACACCAUCUCAAAGCCCAAGCUGCUAGCGAAGCCACCAGCCGAACGGACUCCCGACAUGUUGGAAUUGUACACCAUGCUAGUCUGCACUAGCGCAAUGCAGAACGAGGACAACAAGCGCAAAGCCUUUCAGCGCGCCGCAGCCGCCACUCACAAUCCUGUCAUGAACGCCCGGUCCGUCAGCGAUGAAGACGACGAGGAAAACAAGCCUCAGAACGGAGGUGAGGUGCGCAUCUGUGCUGGCUGUAUCACCCGCGAGCGUAAGCGGGCAGCGAGGAAGAAGAUCAAGAAAGUCGAGGAGGAGGAGAUGUGGAAUCGGGACGAGACCAGACGCGUGAUUGUUUUCAACACCCAAGAGGUCAAGGAAUGGCAGACUCCCAACGGGGUCGUCUCCGACUCGACGGUAACCGGCCGCCCGGAGCCUGUAGCACCACCCGGUGCUAUGCAGGUUGAUGCGCCGAUGCGGAUCGCUUGCUAUUGCCGCCACCACGCCGAGAAGUUGGGUUUCCAGGUCAUCUUUACCAUCAAGGACUGGCAAGAUCGGGUUGUUGCGCAGGAGAUGUCCCAGUCCAUUAUGAUCACCGACGAUCACAAGACGCAUCCUAUUCCCCAGCAUCUCAACCCCCCUGCGACGCAAGCCUCCGACAGCACCAACCUCGUGCCCAUGAUGAACGCCCCGAUGGAAACCAGCCCGCUUAGCUCGGGCGGUGCACCUUUCCGACUUUCCCAUUCGAGCUCCGAUCUCCAAAACAUGCACCGUAACUCUGCUCCUCAAUUUUCAGCUCCGACCCCGACAGCCAAACCGCCGGUUCCCGCCGCCCCCUCAACCACGGCGACCCGAUCAUUAUCGCGACCUCAGUCUCCCAAUGCACAUGGUGGGCCGCAGACCAAAAAGCGGAAGGCUAGCACUGGGUCGCGAGUACCGAUAGGGAUGGCAAUGACACGUCUGGACACAACGCCGCCGCCUUCUCAAAUGCCUGGAAACCCGGCACCUGCACCCGCCUCUGCGUCAACUUCGCCGUUUACGCCCAACCUCACCAGCUUCCACACCCCUCCCGAGACCGUGUUUGUCCAGAACGGUACCGCGCCGAUCAUGUCGCAAGCAUACGCUACUGGGCCCCCUACGCCCAACAGCAACGACCAAACCAUGUUCACCAACGCGAAUCGCUCCGCCAGCAUGGACAACGUGGCGGUUCCGAUGUUUUCGGCUCCGGCGUCGGCACACCAGAGCCGUGCAGCGAGCCCUAGUGGGCUGCGGAACGGGGUCAACGCUGUGUCACAGAACCAGUUCAACGCGAUGUCAUACAUGCCAACGAAUGCUGUUGCUCCGGCUCGGCCGCAACCGACAAUCCACAAGAUCAUCCCUAACGAAGGUCCGAAAUCCGGCGGCAUUGAGGUUACGAUCCUCGGUGCCAGCUUCUACCAGGGGCUGGAAGUGUUGUUCGGCGAUCAAAAGGCCACUACAACCACAUUCUGGGGCGAGUCUUCUCUCGUCUGCCUCCUGCCGCCAUCGCCGGUAUCUGGUCCCGUGUUGGUCACUUUCAAGCAAAAUCAGACCCAAGCCGGACCACCGUUUCCCGCGCUCUCCAAACAGAAUCAGAUGUUCAAGUAUGUUGAUGACGACGAGGAGAAGCUCAUCCGUACCGCGCUUUCGAUCUUGGGCCACAAGAUGUCUGGUCAGAUGGUUGAUGUCAAGGAACUUGCUCAACGCAUCAUUGGCCAAGGAGAUUCCAGCUGGGGAUCGGGUCCGUCGGGCAACACUGGCUUCGGCGGCAGCACAUUCACGAUGAGCACAGAGUCGCAGCUGCUGAAGUGUCUGGAGCUGAUCGACCUCGACGACAACCCUAGGAUGUCUAGGCUCGACUUGAGAAGGUCUACAGGCCAGACGAUGCUACACAUGGGCUGCGCCCUGGGAUACCACCGAUUCGUUGCCGGGCUGUUAGCACGGGGUGCCAACCCAGACUUGCGCGACAAGGGCGGCUUCACCCCGAUGCACUUGGCAGCAGUCAACGACCACGAGUCUAUCGUGCGCAGGCUGAUGCAGGCGGGUGCCGACCCCACGAUUCGAAGCCUUUCGGGACUUCGCCCGGCCGACGUCGCUCGGUCUCGCAAGGUCAUCGGGCACAUCCGCCGCUGCGAGCGUCACAUCCGCUCUCGAAGCGGUGGUUCCCUGCACAGCAGAGCCAGCAGUGCCGCGUCGCUGAGGUCGCUUUGGGACCCCUUGACCAUGUCUAGUGAAGAGUCAGCAGACGACGGCGAGGAGAGCCCCGAGUACUCGUCUGGCGAUUACGAGGACGACGAACAGGAAGAAGAAGACUCGUGGCUUGAUAUGCGCCGUCGAUCCAGCAAUCAUGCAUUUACGCCACGCCCAGACAGACAGCUACUCUCACGAGGCCGGGAUGAAGUGCAACCAGGACUUGCGUCGCCGACGAAUGCGAUCGCUUCUGCUGUCAGGGACCAGUUCUCCGCCCAGAUUCAGCAGUUCCAGCAGGCGAUGGCAAUGCAUUUCCCUAACCUGCCUCAAAUGCCCGCCCUCCCCAGAAUGCCGAUGCUUCCAGAUUACCAUGCCUACCUACAACAAAAUCCUCUCAUGGGCAGGGUUACCUCGCUCAUGCCUGGCAUGUCUGGCUCGCGGCCGGGUUCGGCAGACGACGAGACUCCCAGGCAGAUGGAUGGGAAGUGGUGGGACCUUUCGUCGUUCCGGAACAGCAACAACAACUCGGCGCCGCCGCCGGCAUACGACGAGAUCUUCCCCCAGGAGGAGCUUGACAAGAAACAAGCUGCUGCCGCUGGGGCCGCUGCUGAGGCUGCUGCCGACAUGAAGUGUGCCGCGCUCUACGAUACCCAGACCGCCGAGACGGGGGAGGCCUCCUCAAGUACAGCCCCCGUCCCAAGCAUACUUCGGAUUGGGCGCAAGAGCGCCAUCACGAAAGAACAGCAGCAAAAUUUUCUCAGGGCCCACGAGGCCAAGUUCAAGGGAAUGCGGAGCGACAAGAACCUGUGGUUCAUUUGGAUUCCUCUUCUCACAUGUAUACUGGCUGCCAUGUUGUACAGCCGUUUCCCUCACUACUUUGCCAUGGCUUGGUCAAUGCUUCAGUCUGUCGCGAGAGUCGAGCAAGUCCCUGAUAUUGUAAGGAACGUCCAGGAUCGUGUGGUUGAGGUCCUCUGA